CCAUUAUCAAUCAUUAUUCUGCACUUUGUGUGUUCAUAAACUAUUGAUUAAUUUAAAAGAAAAAAAUUAAAUUGCUAGAAUGGGACCACGACAAAAAGAUAAGGAUCAAUCGAAAUGCUCAAUUUGCCGAGAACCUGGAGAUGGGUUCCACUUUGGAGCAGAAGCUUGCAGAGCUUGCGCAGCAUUUUUCCGUCGAAGUGUGUCCCAGAGUAAAACAUAUUUGUGUCAAGGGAAUAACGAUUGCGAUGUUACUGUUAAUAUUCGAUGUAUGUGCCGUGCGUGCCGUUAUGUCAAAUGCAUUGAGGUUGGAAUGAAUCCUGUCGGAGUUCAACAGAAACCAAGACUACCCAAAAACCGCAAAGAAGUUUCAAUUGAUUUACUCUCGAGCCCCCGAACGUCCAACUCAUUGAUGCUCGAACUACCACUUACGGGUCAAAUGCCAAUUCUCUCAAAAAUCCGAGCAAGUUACCAAACAAUGUGCAAUGCUCGGAUAGCGCUUCACAAGGCUGAAGAUAAAACUGUAUUUGAAAAGAGAACUCCAAAGGCAGUAAAUUACAAAGAAGCGGUGAAGCAGGGUAUGAAGGAUGUCACGUUGGCUUCUGAUUGGGUCUCAUGGAGCUUUGAUGAAUUUUCCAACUUGCCGAUUGAUCAGAAGAGAAUUUUGUUCCACAACUCGUACACCGCAUUUUUCAUUAUGGAAAGUGGAUUUUCGAGUCAUUUGAACAAUACACCGGAUGCAAUAACAUUCCCAUCUGGGGACUAUAUUGACACAAAUGAUUUGAAUUCAUUUUACAAUGGUACAGAUUCUGAUAAGCAAAUUUCCAGUGAAGAUAUUAAUAGACUCUUCAAGCCAUCCUAUGAGCGCUUCAAAAAGUCAGUGAUCUUGCCAAUGAUGACUCUUCAAAUGGAUAUAAUAGAAUAUCUUGCUCUCUUCACAAUGUUACUUUGGGAUACUGGACUUAUCGAAUUGAGCGAUGAAUGCAUUAAAAUUGGCGAUAAGAUCAAAACUCAAGUAUUGAAAGAACUCGAUUUUUAUAUGAGGAAUGUAAAAAAAGUCGAAGAGCCUCUUGUGAGAAUUGGAACUCUUGUGAAUAUUCUACCAGAUGUGCAUAAAAGUGUUCGUAGGAUACAGGAUGAUUUGGAAAUGACAAAAGUUUUCAACUUGUAUGCGCCGUCCGAUGAAUUUUAUGAUCUCGUGAUGGGAAAUUAUAAUUGAUAUCAUAUUUUAAGUUUUAACUAAUUUUUACUCAUUUUACGAUAAAUGUAUAAUAUAUUGA